AUGAGUGUUAUUACCAGAGUAAUAGCCCACGAGGUACACCAACCAGGAUACUGUGCAAUGUACGGCAACUGUGGUAAAAAGUCUUUCUUUGGUGCUCAGUUACCAUGUCCGUCUAGCACCAAAGCAGUGGAGCCCGACACCGAUUCCAAAAAUUUACUAAGAGAUAUUUGUGGAGCAGACUUUCCUGUGGACCACGUAUGCUGCUCCCCAGAACAAAUUACUGCUUUACAAGCCAAUUUGAAGAAAGUUGAUCCUCUUAUCAGUUCUUGUCCCGCAUGCCGCAAGAACUUCUACGACUUCUUCUGUGAAUUCACUUGUUCGGCCAACCAAUCGAUGUUUGUAAACAUCUCCAAGACGGCCGUUGCCUCCGACACUAAGAAGGAGAUAGUCACCGAAUUGACCCAGUACGUUGCCCCCGGGUCUGCUGAAAGGUUUUUUGACUCGUGCAAAAACUUGAAGUUUAGUGCCACCAACGGGUAUGCCAUGGACUUAAUAGGCGGUGGAGCUACUAACUACACUCAGUUCUUGAAGUUCUUGGGUGACGAAAAGCCAUUACUUGGAGGCCUGCCGUUUCAAAUCAAUUUUGCUUAUGGUGUCGAGAAGAAUUCCCCAAUGACCUUGAGAGCACCAUCAAUGAGAGACUGCAACGACUCGACGUACAAAUGCGCCUGCUCGGACUGUGAGGAGGCGUGUCCCGUAUUGGAGCCUUUUGAAGGUUUGGACGGCCAUCGCUCUGUGGCAGGAUUGCCGUACUUGACGUUUGCUCUGAUUAUGGGAAUGGUUGCGUUUGUAGUGGGAAUGGGUAUAUUCCAUAUGCGUAUUGCUCGUGCUCGGAGGGCCCGCGAGGCUGCUGGGUUUGUGGAAUUGGUGGAGCAGACGUCUGUGGAGGCAGUUUUGGUUUCACAGAAGAGUGGAGUGGUGGAGUACUUUAAGAGACUCGAUAGCAGGUUCAUUGAGAGUAUCGAAACCGGAUUCACGAACUUGGGGUACUUUCUGGCAAAGUUCCCUGGUUUCACGAUAUUAUGCUCACUUUUCCUCAUUGCCUUAUUGCUGAUGGGAAUGAUUUGGUUGGAGUUUGAGACGGAUCCUGUGAAUUUGUGGGUGAGCCCCAACGAGCCUCAGCUCAAAAACUACCAAUAUUUUGAAGAAACGUUUGGAGAAUGGUAUAGAAUCGAGCAGAUUAUUGUGAGUCGAAAGGAUGAUGGUCCGAUAUUGGACUGGAAGACGGUACAGUGGUGGUUUGACAAUGAGUUGGCUCUUCAGGAAUUUGAAGAUGGGAACGAGACUUUAUCACUUGAAGACUUCUGUUUCAAACCGUUGGGAGACUACUGUGCUAUCGAGUCUUUCACCCAGUAUUUUGGCGGUAAUAUCCUCAAUUUGGAUGAGAAAAACUGGCAGAAACUGCUUCAGGAUUGUACAAAUUCCCCUGUAAACUGCUUACCCACAUUCCAACAACCGUUAAAAAAAAACUUGUUGUUCAACCAAGAUGAUGUGUUGGACUCAAAAGCGUUCACAGUGACGUUGUUGCUCAAUAAGAACCUGAAGGACCUUGAGUAUACUCAAAAAGUUGAAAAGUACGAGAACUACUUGAAGGACUGGUUAUUAAAAUUGAGUCACGAGAAUCCCCACUUCAAUAUUGCCUUUAGCACUGAGGUAUCCUUGACGCAGGAAUUGAAUCAGUCUACAAACACAGAUAUCAAGAUUGUGGUGAUUUCGUACUUGUUGAUGUUUCUCUAUGCGUCUGUCUCCUUGGGAGGCCAAAUUCCUACAAAGUUGAAGUUGAAGAGCUUACUUUACACGAGAUUUGAGUUGGGAUUAGCUGGAAUAAUCAUCAUCUUACUUUCGGUGACCUCAUCAUUGGGAUUUUUCUCGUUAAUUGGCUUGAAGUCUACCUUGAUCAUUGCUGAAGUCAUCCCGUUCUUGGUGUUGGCUAUUGGAAUCGACAACAUUUUCUUGAUAGUACAUGAAUUGAAGGCUGUUAAUGAAGAUUUCGAAACUGUCGAUGCAGAGCUAGAAGUCAGAGUAUCAAAGGCCCUAGGAAGAAUAGGGCCUUCGUGCUUCAUAAGUGCUAUUCUUCAGGUGUCAAUGUUUUUGUUGGCUACCAACGUUGAUAUGCCUGCCGUGAAGAAUUUUGCCUUUUACUCGGCGGGAGCCAUUAUAGUGAAUGUGUUUUUGCAGAUGACAUGCUUUGUGUCGUUGUUGACAUUGGACCAGAAACGGUUGGAAGAUGGCCGUUUGGACUGCAUGCCUUGGAUCAAAGUUACAAUCGCAAUCGAAGAAGACGAAUACCUGGGAAACUUUGAGUAUAACUUCAGCAAAGUGUUAAGAAAGUAUUACGCUCCUAAGAUCCUUUCCAAAACCGCCAAACCUAAGAUUCUCACGGUUUUUAUUUUCUGGUUUGGAAUUUCUUUGAGUCUCUUGCCAUACAUUGAGCUUGGAUUGGAUCAGAAGAUAGCACUUCCAAGUGAAUCAUAUUUGGUGAAUUACUUUGACUCGGUGGCCAAGUAUCUAAACGUAGGUCCUCCGAUUUUCAUGGUGAUGAAGAACUUUGACCUUUCUAAGCGCGAGAACCAACAGAAGGUAUGUGGGAAGUUCUCUACCUGUGAGGAAUUCUCGCUUUCAAACGUAUUGGAGCAGGAGUAUCAGCGUGGAAACCUAUCGACGGUGGUGGAUCCAUUGUCCAACUGGCUAGAUGAUUUCUUGACGUGGUUGAACCCAAAUCUUGACCAGUGCUGUCGCCUUAAAAAGAACACCCAAGAGUUUUGCCUGCCAACCGCACCUGAAAGACUCUGUGAAGUAUGUUAUUUGAACCAUGAUCCCCCUUAUAAUAUUAAUAUGGACGGGUUACCUGAAGGAGAUGAGUUUAUGUUCUUCUUCAAUGAAUGGAUUCAACUGCCCAGUGAUCCUUGUCCCUUAGGCGGGAAAGCUCCCUACGGUACCGCCGUCUCAUCGAACGAAACCCUGAUAGUCUCGUCGUACUUUAGAACCAGCCACGGGCCGUUGAGGACGCAGCUGGACUUUAUCACCGCCUACCGUAACUCAUUGCGGAUUGUCGACGAGGUCAAGUCAUACCAGGGAGAGGAGGCUGAGAUGUUUGCGUUCUCUCCGUUCUACAUCUUCUUUGUUCAGUACGAGAACAUCAUUAAGUUGACCUUUUCCUUGCUUGCUGUAGCAUUGUUGCUUAUAUGGGUGUUGGGUACGGUAGUACUUGGAUCGGUGCGCAGUGCACUGGUGCUUGCGGCGACGGUGGUGCUGGUUCUCGUGAAUAUCGGUGGUAUCCUUGCGGUGUGGGGUGUCUCAUUGAAUGCAGUGAGUUUGGUAAAUCUCGUUAUCUGCGUAGGGCUUGCGGUCGAGUUCUGUAUUCAUAUUGUACGGGGAUUCACCAAAGCUGAAGACACAAUCGAUGAGAAUGACGAGUCACUCAAUGACGCUGAUGGUGAUUUCAUUGGUACAGAAAGUAUCUUUAAGGAUGCCAGAACCAUCAAAACCUACCACACGCUUGUGAAUAUUGGAGGGUCUGUGUUAGGCGGAAUCACCAUAACAAAGCUCAUUGGAAUUUGUGUGCUUGCAUUCACAAGGUCCAAGAUUUUCGAGGUGUACUAUUUCCGGAUGUGGCUUUCACUCGUGUUUGUGGCUGGGGUACAUGCGCUCUGCUUAUUGCCGAUUUUACUUAGUUACUUUGGUUAG